AUGUAUCCGAACCAGCAUGUGGCCGGACGAUCAUUAGCGCUGGCGGUCGGCAAACUGCUGUUUCUCGCAAUCGCCCAUUUCCCUACCACCUACGCCUUCCCCAUCCUUGGCUCCCUCCAGCUCCGCGACCAGGGGCAUGGCAACUCUUCCGACGAUCCCGGCCUGUGGCUAAAUCUCUCGGUGGCCGCGGCUCUGGUGAUUAGCGGUGGUGCUUUCGCCGGGUUGACAAUUGCGCUUAUGGGCCAGGAUGAAGUCUACCUCCAGGUCAUAAAAACUUCCGGCGAAGGCGCGGAGAAGAAACACGCCGAAAAAGUAUUGAAUCUUUUGAAGCGUGGUAAACACUGGGUUUUGGUUACGUUGUUGCUUAGUAAUGUUAUCACAAACGAGACGCUCCCAAUUAUCCUCGAUCGCUCUUUAGGAGGCGGCUGGCCCGCGGUAUUGGGAAGUACAGCGCUCAUCGUACUAAUAUUCGGUGUAGUCAUAUUUGGCGAGGUUGUUCCCCAGUCGAUCUGUGUCCGUUAUGGCUUACCCAUUGGAGCGUGGAUGGCCCCUUGCGUCCUUGUCCUGAUGUAUAUCAUGUCGCCGGUUGCGUGGCCUAUCGCGAAGUUGCUCGACAGAAUCCUGGGCGAAGAUCACGGAACUAUAUACAAGAAAGCCGGUUUGAAGACGCUAGUGACCUUGCACAAGAAUCUGGGGCAGGCUGGAGAACAGCUUAAUUCUGAUGAGGUUACUAUUAUUACUGCCGUUCUUGACCUCAAAGAGAAGUCAGUGGGCAGCAUUAUGAUUCCAAUGGAGGACGUUUUCACUAUGUCUGCCGACACGGUUUUGGAUGAGAAGAUGAUGGAUUUAAUCCUAUCCCAGGGGUAUUCUCGAAUUCCGAUACAUUCUCCGGAUGAGCCGCAUAAUUUUGUUGGCAUGCUAUUGGUGAAAAUGCUUAUCACCUAUGAUCCAGAAGACUGCAAACUGGUGAGGGAUUUUGCACUUGCAACUCUCCCUGAAACCCGCGCAGAAACUAGCUGUCUUGACAUUGUCAACUUUUUCCAGGAGGGGAAGUCUCACAUGGUUUUGGUUUCAGAAUACCCGGGUGAAGAUCACGGGGCAUUAGGGGUGGUUACCCUCGAGGAUGUCAUCGAGGAGCUGAUUGGAGAGGAAAUCAUCGAUGAGUCCGAUGUCUUUAUUGAUGUACAUAAGGCUAUACGUCGUAUGGCACCUGCACCCAAAUCUCGCGUUCCAAAAGGCCAGAUUGUUUCAGAGCCCCUGCCAACACAUGGGAGUCUUAUCGAUGUGUCCGAUAACAAUAUGACAAACCUAGAGCCUACGCGCAGCGAGACCCUCGCUCGCAGCCAUUCUGUAGCAGAUUACGGGUCUCCUCCUCAGACCACAUUCUAUUUCCGAAAACACAAUACCUUUGACAGCACAGACUCUGUAGAUUCUCCGAUAACCAUGCGUGGCCCAACUCCCGAAAUCCGCGAACAUUUGAAGCACCUAGGGCCCUCUAAUCUCGCCAGCCGGCCCCGACAAACAAGAUACCAGGCAGUUAAAAUUAAGCCCGGUGAAGUAACCAGCUCAGAUCGCCAGUCUUCCGUCUCCCAGAGCCGCCCAUCCGAACAUCUCAGUGCUGUACCAACGCGACCCCAAUCUCAGGUCCGUUCAGCAGGCAAGAGCGCGAGCGAUGCCGUCCUGGCCGUGCAAACCUAUGGCACAAUGGGGAGAACAACGCAAUCGCCGACCGCAGAGAUGACGGAAGAAAUCAGCUCCCACCGCGGGAGCCCGCGGCAUGACCGCUCUAGGAAUCUGACUACUUCAAAAAACGAAGCAGCAGUAGUAUCUCGUUCCCCCAGCACCCGGUCACACCGCAAUCGACCAAGCAGCGCCAACUCAGGAGCCCAAAAGACCAGAGAACCACACCACCGGCAUGGCCCAGCUCGAAGCGGCAGCAUCACAGAGCAGAUCGUCGAUAGUAACGGAAUUCGCAAGGUUAUUCUCCAAACGAGCAGCGACGCCACGACCGACGAGGACGGCGGGGUGGAGACUUCCCCCAGCGCCGACCAAGCACAGACAACACAGGCUCUCACUUCUUCCAGCGGCAAUGCAACCCCGCCGGCCAAUGGUGGUUCUGGUACUCAUGGUGAGAAGAAAAAACGUCGCCGAAAGCGCAGGUGGGGAGCUGGUUCUAAAUCUACCGACCAAGGCAGUCGCGAUGAAACGCAGCAUCUGCUUGAGUGA